GGGAUUGAUACGAUAAUAUAAGGAUUAUAUUAUUAAUUAGAAGCUUUUAAAUCUGUGAAUUUGAUUUAUUGAAAAGCGUUUGUUACUGGAUUAAUUCGAAUGCACCACAAUGAUAAUUACUAUAUAUAUAUAUAUUUCUUUUUAAUAUGAUGUGCUGCUUUCUAUGAUCUGUCACGUCGCGUCGCGUCUGUUUCAACUUCAGAGGCAAUGCAGACAGUCACAGUGCUUGAAUGUGACAGUAGUAAAAGACUCAAAUACAUGGCAAAACAUAUAAUAUGCAUUCUUGUUUUGUUGACAGGAUUUUGUUUUCCAAUUAAAAUAGAUAAUAAGAUUGGAAAUGAAGAAACUCUUGUCUGAAGAAUUAAAAUGUUCUCUGAAGAAAAUUACAUUGAGAACAUUGGACAAUCAACGACUUACUAAUAAGGUCUCAAAAUCUAUACCAUGUUAUAUUGAUGCACUAUUACAAAAUCCUAAAGACUGGAAAAAAUGGACAAUAUUGGGAGAUCUGUAUACUGCAAAUUCAAAAACAUCACAAGCAUCCACAUCUUUUAAGAUAGCUUCAAAACUGAAAGGGCCUGUAAGCACCUUCAUCGACGACUGGAGUUUCAUAGGCCCUUUUGUGAUAGGGAAAAUAGAAUGGGAUGGUGACCCAUUAGAAGCCUAUGGAGGAAUAAGGAAUGUUUCAAAAUACAGAUACAGAAAGGGUGAAUUGUUUUAUUCUGAACUUGUCAGAGAUACAGCUAUCGAAUGGAAAACUUUCAAGCAAGACUCUGGUGAAAAUGGUAUUCAGAUUUCCCCCUCAGUUCAAUGGAAUGAACUGAUUAAUGCACUUGGAUCAGUGGGAAUAACAGAAUGGCAGGGCUGGAUGGUAGGGGAAAUUUAUGUUAAUGAAAAGGAUCAGAAUAUACUUAUCCAGUGCUUAGGCUUACACACUGUGUACGUAGAUGAUAUUCCUGUAGCCAGUGAUGUUUAUCACAGGGAAAAGUUCUGGUUUGGUGUUCAUCUUUCAAGGGGUGUCCAUACACUGUAUGUACAUUUGAGAACAAAAGUGACUGCUACCAAGAAGUGUACAUUUCAAAUCAACACAAGUCCUCUCAGAGUAUUAGAACCCCAGUUCUUGCCUGAUUUAGUAAAUGGAUACAUGCUAAGUAAAUACAUUUCUAUUCCAAUAUCCAACUAUCAUCAUUCCAAGUGGGUAAAAGUAACCAAGAUCAGCAGUGUUCAUGUAGAUCUGGCUCUUGAGAGUGUUUUCAACAUUGCACCUGGGCAGACUGCUCACAUUCCUGUGAAGUUAUUAACAACAUCGAAAAAGAUCAGCCCUGAAGAUUGUGAACAGUUUGAUUUGUCAGUAAAAAUAAUUACAUCAGAGGGAGUCUAUGCUUUACCUCUUCAGCUGAGAUGUAGGAAAUCUGGCCAGUCAUUUCUGUUUACUUUUUUGGACCAUGAUGGAUCUAUUCAACAUGCUGCUGCUGUAGAGCCCAUCAUGAAGUGUAGCACUGAACAAUGCCCAGUAUUGCUGACACUGCAUGGGACAACUGUUCCUCCUCAAAGCCAGGCUGAUAGUUAUAAAAGAAUGGAAAAUGGUGAAUAUGUUUUCGGAGUUGACAAAGCUUGGCUGCUGGCUCCUACCAGACAUGGUGCACAUAACUGGGAAGGACCAGGUGCACUUACUGCCCUAUCUGCACUAUCAUCAUUGGUUGAACUGAUUAAGGAACACAGCUGGAUCUCACAGGGGAUUAAUCCAGACAAGAUCGUCUAUGCUGGUCACUCUAUGGGUGGACAUGGAGCCUGGCACUUGGCAACACACUAUCCUGACCGCAGUUUGGGAUUGGUCACCUUAGCAGGAUGGAUUAAAAAGGAGGAAUAUGGAGAUAGCAAUCUUUUCUUUAGACACGAUAUCUCAGCAAGUCAUGUGGAUCCAUCAACAAAAUUCAUAUUAGAGGCUUGUAUAGCAGAAAAUGAUGCAGACAGACACAUAACCAACGUAAAAGAUGUUCCUAUUUUGGCCAGAAUCGGUGCUGAUGACAGAACGGUUCAUCCAUUUUUUAUGCGCAGAAUGCAUCGUCUAAUGGAAGAAAUAAAGGCCAAUAUAACUUACAUGGAAAUCGAUGGCAAAGAGCAUUGGUGGUGGGAUACAAAAAAGACAAAUGAUGGAGGUGUUGUUAAUGACCAGCAGAUCCGAGACUUCACUAAUGCUAGAUUUACUGAAGGGCUGUCCCAGUGUCAUGUCAUGGAUGGAGAAAAAGACUGCAGUGGACAGAAAGUGAACAUGUAUUCCAAAGAGACUGUUAGAAACUUCACCCUCGUCACCUACAACCCUGCCCUAGGGGAUGGACUUAAUGGAGUUCAAAUAUUGCAACAGAUUGUUCCAAUGAGAACUAGUAAAAUUAUGGGAAGUAUUUCAAAGGAUGACAUCAAUUUGCAAACUGUGAAUGUUGCCAAGUUUAGCAUCCAAGAACCACCAAACCGGAAAACAAACUUUAAAGGAAAGGUGUUAAAAGUUGACAGUACUACAAUGGAUAUGUCAAAUACGAAAGAUCCCAAAGUUUACAUGUGCUUAAACCAAGGAAACUGGAAAAUUUGUGAUGAAAAGUCUCCUUGGGGAAGAAACAGCUCAACAUAUGGUCCUGCCAGGAGAAUUGCCGAGCAUAAGUUUAUCAUUGUCAUUGGAACACUGGGAACGGCUGAGAACUUAGUUAGACUUCAGACAGCUGCAGUGUAUAUUUCAAAUUUGUUCCUACUGACCUCCGACUCAACAGUUCAGAUUAUCAAGGACAGUGAGGUAGACCCUAAAGCUGUGGAAGACCUGAACUUGAUAAUUCUAGGAUCUGACAAAGAAAACAUACUCACAGCGACUUUUCUUGAGGAAAUUCCAAUAAAAGUAAAAGAGCAGACCUUUAGCCUUAAACAAUGUCAGUUUCAUGACAACAGAAUGGGUCUGAUGACAUUGGCACCACAUGGAAGAGGAAGACUGGCUAUGUUGUUACUCGGGAAUUCUGUGGCGGGUUUUAUGGAUGUAAUAUCCUUAGCUACACCGACUAUUCCUCCAAUGACACGGUCACCGUUUUCCAACUUGCUGCCAGAUUAUGUCAUCACAGGGCAAGAAUUUAAACUGAAAGGACCAGGGGGAUUUCUCUGUGCUGGUUUUUAUGGGAACAGUUGGGAAUACAGAAGUGAAAUAUCAUCCUGUGUAUGCUGAAAAUCACUAGGGAUAAAAAAUUCUAGACUUUCGUGAAUUACAAUGAACAUCAUUCCUUGCCUGAUUUAAACUUUUUUUCCAAAGCUGCUUCAUUCCAAGUCCCUGAACAUGUUGGUCUAACGGUGCAGAUGAUUAUUUUUUUUUUGGUACUAUUGGAGUGACUAGAAUCAGAGAUGGCUGUCAUUGCUUUUGAUUGGGAGUUAUUUUGGACUUGUAUUUGGAACAGUUUCAUGCUACACUUGUAGUGUUCCAGAAGAACAAUGGGUUGUUUUUUUUAAGGGUCUGGGGCAUUAAAAUGCAGGACUUAUUUCUGUUACCAGUAUAGUCAGACUCCUGUAGAGUUACAAACGUAACAAAUCUGGUCACUGUUUUCAGCAUUUUUUGGCAUUUUGCACAUGUGCAGGGGUGCAGGGACUUAAAAAAUAAGUGAAAACAACAUAAAAGUAGGAAUUUUCAAGAACAGUUACUGCAAAGUAUUGGAUUUACCAUAGAAGUAUUUUUUCUGUGUGAUACAAAACGUUAAAUCUGCAAUCACAGGAAAUCCAUGGAAUUUUGUACCAACAUUUUUUAUUCGUUUCAUUGAAAAAAAAAUUAUACUACAUGUAGCAUGUUGGCAAUUAAUCAGGCAUAGUGAAUACUAUUGUCAUAUUAAUGACGAGUCAAAACAUACCAUCAACCAUUUGUGACAUGUAUGUCUAAAAUACCUGGAAAAUCACUUGAAUUCUCUUAAAAAUUUAUUACAGCCCUGUUAUAUGGUAGAUGCCUUGUAGUAAUCACUCUGUCUGUCUGUACAUCCAUCAGCACUUUAUGUCACACAAAACCUUCACUUUAAAAGAUUUUCAAAAAUUUUAUACGUAAUAUUUGAAUUAAGUGACCCAUGUUGCCCACAUUUUCCAUUUGCCCAAGAUGCCCCAUAUACUUCACUUGCCCCAUGUUGCCCCACAUGCAUAAUGUAUCUCACACACCCAACUGCCCCAUAUUACCUAACAUGACCACAACAUUUAAUUUUGCCAACAUUAUUCACUUGUUCUGCAUUACCCAUACAGCCCACAGUAACAACAAUGCUCCAAUUGCCCACAUGUUGCCCAUAUUCCCACUUCACUUUCAAUGCUCACAUCACCCAAAUCACCUACAUUGCCCAUAUUCCCAUCACUCACAUACUCUACAUUACCCAUAUUGCCAUCACUCGCGUACUCUACAUUACCCAUAUUGCCAUCACUCACUUACUCUAUAUUACCCAUAUUGCCAUCACUCACGUACUCUAUAUUACCCAUAUUGCCAUCACUCACGUACUCUAUAUUACCCAUAUUGCCAUCACUCACUUACUCUAUAUUACCCAUAUUGCCAUCACUCACAUACUCUAUAUUACCCAUAUUGCCAUCACUCACGUACUCUACAUUACCCAUAUUGCCAUCACUCACGUACUCUACAUUACCCAUAUUCCCAUCACUCACGUACUCUACAUUACCCAUAUUGCCAUCACUCGCGUGCUCUACAUUGCCCAGAACACUCAUACAUUACCAAAAUUGUCAAUAUAUUCGACAUUAAGCACAUUGCCCCAUACUCCCCACUUGCCUAGGAUGCCCCACAUACAACUCUUUUUCCCAGUGUCCCCACAUACCUAACAUCUCUUGCACACAACUGCGCUAUCACCCAUCACUCCCAACAUUUCCCUCCAUAUGGCCUUCAUUGCCCACAUCGUUCAAAUUACCUAUAUCACCCAUGAUAUUCACAUCACCCACUUCACCCAUGAAAUCACCAGCUGACAUCUCCUACAUCACACAGCAUCUCUUAUAUCGCUCACACCCUGAACAUCACCUAUAUUGCAACAGUUUAUCGCCCACAUAGACUACAUCAUCCAAUUCACUCGCAUUGUCCACAUCACUACGCAUUUCCCAUCUCGUCCACAUACAUUUGUAUCGACUACAUCCUUCCUCGCCCACACUGCUUCUGAAAACAGAUUGACAUUCUUACGAAAUUUUCUUCUUGUCAAAAAAAUUGAUGGGCUGCAUAGAAUAUCCCCAUAGGAAAUAUUUUAACCCCUGUCCAUCUUUCCCUCAAAGAGCGCCCCAGUAUAGAAUUUCCACUCAAGUGAUGACAUGCUCUUCCCCACUUGCUUGAUAAAUACAGAAACGAAUAAAUUACUUCUACAUGUAUUUAUGUACAUCACAUUGUAUCUAUGUUAUUUUUCAGAAGAUAUGGAGCUGAUACGGUUACUCCAUUGUUACAAAUACAUUUUAUUUAUUACAUAUUUAACAGUGAAAUGCUGUAAUUUUUCCAUUGAAUAAAGAUUGGUAUUUUCACAGUUAUUGUGAAAAUAAUUACGAAAGUGCGAUCUUAUAUCUUCAUGUGAAGAUAACCAGAAAAUUCAUUCCCAUAUACAUGUACUUGAUCACAUUCAUUUUUUUUAAAUGCAAGUAUAUAAUUAGAUUUUUCAUGUUUCUAAAAUAAAAUUAAAGUUGU